UCAAUCAACACUUUGUAUCUCGCUUCGUAGUUAAGUUGAAUAAGAACUGAACACCUUUUGCGGAUAGCUCAAGUAAUAUGAAAUUAUUCAUUCCAUUACUGAUCUACCUGAUCAGUAUCACGUCAGCCGAAGUGCUGGUUAAUCUUGCCCAGCUGAAGGAGGAAAGCCUGGAAUUCGAUGAAAGCAACCUUGGAGGAAGCGCUACACACCACCUUUCGCAAAUUAGUUAUGAGGACCUAGUGAAACAGAAGUUCCUGUUGGACGUACUUCAGCAUGUCAAUGAGCCCAUUGUGAACAAAGAUUUUUUGCAGAUUUUAUCAUCUCAAUAUGAACAGCUUAUUAACGAUGAGAAUCUUUAUAACGGGGGUAUCGAUUAUGUAAUGGCUGAGGUGAUAGAAAUGAGUCGUAACAAACAAUUGUUGGGCAAACAACAGAUAUUCACCAUAGCCAAAGACGAACAUAUGCGCCAAAUGGUUGGACUUUAUCUCCUGUUAGUACGCUCCCGGGAUUGGGCUACCCUGCAACAAAAUAUUCUUCACGCUCGCAUUCAUGUCAAUGGAGUUCUCCUAGUAAACUCAUUGCUUCUAGCAAUCCGAGACCGAGACGAUACUCAAAAUUUGGUUGUGCCUGGCAUACAUGAAAUUUUACCGAAGCUUUAUAUAGACGAGGAUGUAAUCAGUCGUGCUCAAGGCAUCGAUUUAAGCCAAUUGGCUACUUCCCAUGAACUCGCUACGGGAAUUCGCCGCCCUAGAAUUCUCGAUAUGAUUCGAUUCAAUAAACUAUUGCAUAGCACAGCCAGUAGAGUAAGCUCGUUGGACCGAAGAGAACUGUGGAUGCCGUGGCUAGAAAUGCGAUUGGAGAUACAGGCUAGAAAAACGGGUGGCAUUAAUAGACCUACGCACGUAUCGGUUCGUGAUGAAGACCGUAUUGUCUUGCCGGUAACUCAGCCGACCAAUCUAGCUGGUGAUCAAGGUGAGGCUCGUAUCUUAACCGCAGAUGCGGGUUUCCAAUCUUUUAUGCACAAUUUUAUGAAUGAUUUGUGCAUAUUUGAGUACGAGCAAAAUAUGCGAUGGUCGGCCACAGGGUCAAAUAAAGCUGAUUUGACACGCGUUGGUUUGAAAAUAAAUAAAGGGGCGCCGCUGGAAAGAGACAUUCGACUAAAAGACGUUCACAUUGUAGGCGAGGACACGAGAGAUGUCCAUGCUGAGAAUAUUGAUAAAGAUAGCUUUAUCCAUGUUGACCGAGGCCGAGGUCUUCCCGAUCGGUUUGUUGGCGCUGAGCUUCUCACAGCCACCGGUGAUGAACGUUUGUUGUAUGCUAGUCGCAACAGACAACAUGCUGAUGCUGAUAGCAAAAUGUAUUCCAGAGAUGAGGAAAAUAAUAUUGACUUGGACACGAAUACAGAUUGGGACGACAACAGGGGUUGGAGUCGAGUUCAGUCCGAUAAUAAUCAAGUCAAUGUGCGUUCGCGUUUUUUGGAUACCACUAAGAGGAAGAGUAUAAGUGUGCAUAAUGAGUUCAAAAAUUAUAAUCCAAACAAUGUAAAUGAAGAUAGUCUGAAUAUGGAUAUUAACAUGGGAAUGCCAAUUGAUUUGAAGAAAUUGCCAGUAGUUGAUAUCAACAAUGAACGCCUGCUAAAAGUGGGCCGUCGAAGGAUGAACCAGUUGAAUUGGUCUAUGAAGCAAAGCGGACAACGAUGGAGGUCUGAAGCUGAGAAAAGGCACAGUCCAGAGGUAAACACCCACAUGAGGACGAGCCAACCCAAGCUCAAUUUAAUUCAUCAAAAAGAUAUUCACAAUGUCAUCGGCAAUGGAAGGCUGGCGGAAAAUCCAAGAAUAUGGACUACAGUUGCUCGUGGCAUGGGAAACAUUGGUAUUCAUGUAGGACCACAAUUCGAAAGGCAGAAUGGAACUAAGAGUGGAGAGAAACACCAUGGUAUGAUAAAUAACAUAAGACGACCAUAUAUUUACUGGGGCAACGACGAUUACAUUGGCAUUCAAGACACUGGCAGCGACAUUGGAUCGGAUACGUGGCACCAGCGGAGUCCUCGUAGCUUAACAGAUGGUUCAGUUUUGAACCACAGACGUCGGUGGGAGCGGACACGUGGAGGAGAAUUGAUUUUGCACAACUUUCAGCAGUUGGUGGCUCGAAUCACUUUAGAACGUACUUCACUGGGCCUAAGGGAUUACCUCCAGUUACAGGAAAACACGGACUCUUCUCGCUUCAAUACUCGUCGGAACCAAGUUCUGCUCGAAAAAGUAAAUGAGGUUGAAAAGCGUUUGCAAGAGAAAAUUGAGCAGGAAUUGCUCCGCACCAUUGGAACUGAGAAAAUGCAGAAUGUUCUUGGUAAAGGAAGUAUAGAUCACGUGAUUGCCGACGUACUCAUGGGUAAGGAAGGUGUUGAUCAAGAUGUGAACAUCUUAAACAUUUUGCGUGGAAUCAUCCUGCAGACAGAGGAUGCUAAUGGAGGCGUUCAAAAAUUGGCGCAUUUAACUAUUAACGCAGGAGAUCCAUAUGUAUUGCACUUCCUUCGACGAAUCGUGCACAUCGCUGAGACGCAACGCCAACAGCAGCUAGGAGGUUACCGCAAGGAAGAAAUUAAAAUGAAUGGCAUUACCAUCAAUGAAGUUAAAGUUGACAAGCUGCGAACUUAUAUUGGUACCAGCGAUACAGAUCUAAUCAAUGCGCUCAAUGAUCUUCGGAGCGUAGAAGCAUCACAGAAAAUGGUAGUCGCCCGUCAACAACGUCUCAACCAUAAAACUUUCACCGUAAAAAUUGAUGUUACCUCAGAUCGCAAUCAACGCGUUGUCGUUCGCACUCUCCUCGGACCAAAGAUUGAUGCCGCUGGCCGCGGUAUGUCACUAAACGAUCAACGCCAAAACUUCAUCUUGUUGGACGCUUAUAUUGCUAAUCUGCAUACCGGACGCAACCAGAUUAAACGAAAAUCCCACGACAUCAGCUGGACUAGUCGCGACACGACUCCAUUUAGCGAAAUUUACAAACGUGUAAUGCAAGCACUCAACGGUCAAGUAGACGCCACGUUGGAUCGGAUACAAGGACAAAAUUGCCGCUUCCCUCAUCGGCUGCUGUUGCCACGUGGCAGAGUCGAGGGACUUCCAAUGCAAAUGCUUGUAGUAAUCACACAGGGCGAAGACGUCGUGCAUACAAUGCAAGGGCUUGGGCUGGUCAAUAGAGUGUGUACAAUCGGAAUGGGCACCGAGAAUUUGGACCGCCUGCCGUUCGGCUUCCCAUUAGAUCGUCCCCUAGUUAACGAAGACCAGAUAAUUUCGCUGCCCAAUGUACACUUAGCCGAUGUACAGAUCUAUCACGAUAAUCAAUUGAAAGUCUAUGACUGGAUAAAUAAUUUGCAUUCUUGAAGAAAUUAUUUAUUGUAUCGGAGUCGAAUGCAUGUUCCGUAUGUACAAACAUAGAAACAUAUGCUACACCUUAUAGACCUAUAAUUCUUUUAAAGCAGGUUUUAUAAAUAAAUGCCCCGCUUCUAAGCAUA